AAACCCGGUUGGGACUUUCCCAAGAAAAGGAAAAGUAAGCGAAAACCAACGCAAAGGACACGUUCCAUUCCACCACCGUCUAAUAUUGUUGUUUGUCUGUCUUCUCGCAUUCUCUUCGUUUCUUUCUCUCUGUUUUUUCCCCAUACAAAAACACCCUCCUCCCCAUUUUCGAUUUAUCCAAUUUCUUUUUUUUAAUCCUGCAAUUUCAUACUCGCAUCAAAAAAAAGAAAAAAAAAAUCAUUUUUUUAAUUUUUUUUUAAAAUCCGGAGGAGCAAGAACCCAGGAAAUCUCUGCAACAAAAGAUGGUUCAGAUGAAAGAAUUUCGAAUCGUUAUGCCCUUAUCCGUAGAAGAGUUUCAAGUAGCACAAAUGUACAUGGUUAUGAAAAUGCAGCAACAGAACACAGAUGGGAAAGAAGGUGUGGAGGUAUUGGAAAAUCGACCUUUCGAAGACGAUGACUUUGGUAAAGGUCAAUACACUUUGAAAAUCUAUAGGUUGCAGAGCAAAGCUCCAACUUGGUUGGCAAGAUUUGCACCAACAGAUGCUCUCGUGAUGCAAGAAGAAGCGUGGAACGCUUACCCGAGAUGUAAAUCUGUUAUCAAGUGCCCAUAUUUCACGAGGUUUAUUCUUACAAUUGAGACGAUUCAUAAGGCUGACUAUGGUCAAUCGGAAAAUGUACAUGGGCUAAUGGAAAAUCAGUUAGCAGUUAGACAGGUGGAAACGAUGGAUAUAGCUACGGAUACGAGUGAUUAUUGGAGUUAUAUUAUCGGCAGUAGCAAUAUUGAUUUUUCCCAGUUCCAAUCGUCAAGAACUGGCCGUGGUCCGUUAUUGGAUGGAUGGCAGGAGCGAUGCGAUCCAGUUAUGACGGCUUACAAGUUGGUGACAAUCGACGCUCCGUAUUGGGGCUUUGGUAGUAGGCUUGAACAAGCUCUUCUCGCGGGCGAAAGAGCAUUUUUCCUCGAAAGUCAUAGAAAUUUUUUUGGAUGGAUCGACGAGUGGUUUGGGCUGCCUAUGGAGAUGAUGCGCGAGCUCGAAAAAGAAAGCGAUUCUUCACUAAACAAGAAACUUGGUAGGACUAGUGUGGUGGAAAAUGAGGAGGAAUCAGAAGAUAUAAGAACUGUUCCCACGUGUUGAAUUGAUCUCUAGCCCUUUAUAAUUUUUAUUUUUAUUUUUUAUUUACUAUUUAUGGUGAUCAAAAAAUGUAAUUUUAGCAAUCGAGUAUCUAAUUACAGUAUCAAGUUUUUUGAUUUAUUCUAUGUGCCUAAUUUUCGCCGCGA